GGUUACAAGCACGCGCGUGCAGGCACAUCAGUAGGCCGCAAAUUACUUUCUAGUCAGAAUGGUGGUCCCUGGGACAAAACCAGUUGAAAACCCCUGAUUUAGUUGACUUAAAGAUUUUUUGGUUCAUCUGUGGCUUUUUUUCUUCUCCUGUCCUCUGAACUGUACUAGAUAGAUCUUCAACUCCAACCGAAUGACGCCCACUACCUCUCUUUCAGCUGUGGUACUCAGGGCCGUGAGUGGCAGGCCUAUCCUGUAACUGUGUUACUUUGUUUGCUGAAGGGUCAGGGACUCAGAUUUAGCCAGUAAUGUAGUUAGGGGAGCCUGCCGAGUGCAUGAUCGUGGCUCCUGAUGUGUUUGAGUGGAUGUGGUGGUCCUAUGGGCAGAAUGAUCAUAGAUGUUUUUCUGUUGUUGUUUGUUGUAGUUUUUUGUAAUGUUUAUGUUCAGUUGCCCUCUCCUCUCUGUUUCCCCAUUCUGCAUUCUUGACAUAAGUGUCUGAGACAAUGGAGGACAGGACUUUACUGCAGAACAUACGCCGGACGCCCAAACCCAGCACACCUGCUUUAGGCUACCUUUUUCUUUGCUCUUAAAUUUGCCUUUUUUUAUUUAGUUUCAACCAGACUGAAUUAUUGGUCGACUUGAUGUUUCUUCUUGUGAGUUCUGGAUUGGGGAUGGCCUUUGCAAUCACAGAGAUUGUAAUUGGUUCAGUGUACCUGCAAGCCUGCCCGAUACAGAUGUACAUACCUAUCUACCUAGUGGUAUUGGGGGUCUUGAUUUUGUCCCUGGCGCUGCAGUCCUCCUGGGCUUCCGUAAAAAAGCCAGAGGACGAGGACGAGGACGAGGACGAGGGCCAGACUGCCAAGUGCAGCCUGAUCUGCACCGCCUGGAACUCCCUCGUCUCCCUCUUCCUUUUCUGCUGGUUUAUUGCUGGUAAUGUAUGGAUCUAUCCAAUAUACCAGCCCAACUACAAUUCAUCUGCUGGGCCCCACUGUGAUAAGACUCUCUACCUGUUUGCAUUCUGCACAACCACUCUGAGUUCUAUUUUGAUAGGCGGAUCCUUUGUCGUUGGUUGUUUUGUACUGAUCUGCAGUUGCUGGAGUGGGUUUGCUUUGGCUAAUAACAUGGAGAUGAGCAGUGGUGGAGGAAGUACUGAAGUUUAGUACUUAAGUAAAAGUACAAGUACCCAGGAAGAUAAAAGUAAAA